AGGCAAUAACUUUGUCAGUUUGUCCUCGUUUCGCUUGAAGUUACGUUAACACGGUGGCUGAGUGGGAUUAGCCAACGUAUUCGCUCUCUCUGCAUUCUCUUGCCAAUUGCGAGACAGUCUAAAACAGUCUUGAGUUUAUUCAAGUGUUCACAUAAUAAUCGGUAUUUUGAGGUAGUGCCAGAGUCAAGGUGAUUCUUAAUACAUCUACUAUUCUCUGCAAAAAAUCAUAAAAGAAAUCAAAAAUGCCCUGUCCAUUUUUGACUCGCUUAUCAAGCAGCUAUGUAAGAAAUUAUGGAGCUUCGGUGAUAACAAACUAUCGUCAGCAUUGCCCAGUGAUGUCUCGGCUAGCUAGUUCAUCUGCGGAUACUACUAGCCGUGAGAAAUCCAUAACUGAUCAUCAGCAGCAAGCCAGAGAAAGCCAAUGCCCAUUUUUGUCUGUAGAACAAGGUGCCGUUAGAGAGGCAAGUACAGCUGUUCAAGAAGAUGUGAUAAAACUUGACUCAAAUUGCACGACUGCAUCUGACAAAACCUUUCCCUAUGAACACUUUUUUCAUGAGCAAAUAAUGCGCAAGAAAUUAGAUCAUUCUUACCGCGUGUUUAAGAAGGUGAAUCGACUUGCCGAAAAAUUCCCCUCUGCAGUCGAGUACUCGUGGGGAGAGAAGCCAAUAACUGUUUGGUGCUCCAAUGACUAUCUGGGAAUGUCUCGUCAUCCGGAAGUUACAAAAUCGGUCAGAAUGGCUCUGGAUAAGUUUGGAGCUGGAGCUGGGGGCACAAGGAACAUAUCAGGAAAUUCCAUGGGACAUGAGCUCCUUGAGAAACGUCUAGCAUUGCUCCAUCAGAAAGAGGCAGGAUUGCUUUUUACCUCCUGUUUUGUCGCUAAUGAUUCCACCUUAUUUACGCUAGCAAGAAGUAUGCCAGGAUGUCAGAUAUUCUCUGAUGCCGGUAAUCAUGCCUCAAUGAUCCAGGGAAUCAAAAAUAGCGGAGUUCCAAAGCACAUAUUCAGGCACAACGAUCCCAAUCAUCUAGAAGAACUUUUAUCUAGUGUGGAUCUCUCGGUCCCAAAAAUUGUAGCCUUUGAAACUGUCCAUUCUAUGACUGGGGACAUCUGUCCUCUAGAAGAGCUUUGUGAUGUUGCAAAAAAAUAUGGAGCCUUGACUUUUGUGGACGAGGUGCAUGCCGUAGGACUCUACGGGCACUCAGGAGCUGGAGUGGGUGAAAGGGAUGGCGUGCUGCCUAAGAUGGACAUCAUUUCUGGUACUCUGGGUAAAGCCUUUGGAAAUGUGGGUGGUUACAUCGUUGGGUCUGCCAACCUGGUUGACAUGGUGCGCAGCUACGCAGCUGGUUUUAUAUUCACAACUUCGCUCCCGCCUACAGUCCUUUAUGGGGCAUUGACCGCAGUAGAAAUUCUAGCUUCUGAUGAAGGGCGUUCAUUGCGAGAAACGCAGCAGCGAAAUGUCGCCUAUUUAAAAUCAGAGCUGAACAUCGCCGAUCUUCCAGUAGAGCUAUCACCUUCGCAUAUCAUUCCUAUAAAGAUUGGAGAUCCGCAGCUUUCCGCUCAGCUAGCAGAUACGCUGAUACGACAAAAAGGGCACUACGUUCAAGCGAUCAAUUAUCCAACAGUGGCAAAGGGACAGGAAAAAUUACGACUUGCGCCGACGCCUUUCCAUAUGCCUUACAUGAUGGAUAGUCUUGUGCGAGACAUUCUCGAGGUUUGGAAUACUCUGGGACUUCCAAAAGCGUCAGAAUCUAAACCCGCCGAACACAUUGCCAGGGUGAUCUCUGUUCAUUGACGUAUGCACUCAUCGGUACCUAAGAAAAAUAAUUGCUACAUAAUAAUAAUGAUAAUAAUAUAUGCUAUACAUAUUUUAGUAUUUAAAAAUGUGCGCUUGCAUUGGUAUGUGCGUCACAUGCAUAUAUUGAAAGAAUCAGGUAAUUUCCGAGGAUGGCAAUCAGCUCAGAGUUUUAACUUUUGAACUCUCUAAUAUGCAAGUCAUAAAAGACAUCAGUAUAAAUUUUCGCUCGGAAAAUACGACUAACUUGUUUGUGCCAUAGUUGACUGUCAUCAUUAUGUAAUAAUGCCGUGCAGCUGACGUAUUAUCAAUGGUGAUUUAAUUCAUGACCUGUUUUGCAAUUUAUGGCGACCUUCUGGUUCAUCUGUUGCGUAACAGGGGCAAGCUUCUAGAAUGUUCAGUUUAUUUAUCACGUGUCAAGGCUGAUUGACGUCUCGGAUUUUCAAUUAGUUUAUUUCUUUGUUUUUAUCACUUGAUAACUUUUUUAUUUUAAAUCGGACUUCGGCAGAAUAUAUUUGAAUUUGAUAUUCGAUUUUUAUUUUUGCAAACAUUUCGAAGGUAUUUAUGAUCUGAAAUGCAUCCAUACCUGUAUUCCUAAGAUAGGCGCAACGAAUAUAAUAUAUAUGUAUAUUUUCGUAAGUUAUAAUCAGAAGCUGGAAUUCGGAUGAUAAAUGUUAUAUUUAACAGAUUGAAAAAGAAGUAUGGCAAAUCUGUACUUAGAUUAUAUAAAUAGAAAAAUAACUACAAAAAAAGUAUACCCCUCUCGAUUGUCUAUCGCAGAGAAAUUAUGAUCUGUUAUUGAUGCUAAAUAUAUGAUGAAUGUAAA